CAGGACCUCUGUCCUCUGGUCUCCUGGUUUGGAUCUUAAAUGACUGAAGACACACAAGGGAGAAGAUGAUCUGCAGCAUCCUGCUGCUCAUCAUCCUGACCUCCUGUGUCUCUGGAACAUUAGUAGUGAAUGUGACCCAGACCUCCUAUCAGGCAGAGGAGAACCACCACAUCACACUGGAGUGGACCUUCACAACCAACCCUCACACUUCCUCCAACUCUCUGAAUAUCUUCUGUGAACUGUUAACUGAUCUCAGACCCUCAGUCCUGUUUCAUCUCCAUGACGGAGUUGAGGUCCCAGAGUCUCAGGAUGAACAGUUUGCAGGACGAGUCCAGUGGGACAAAGACGUCCUCAGAGAAGGACGACUCAGACUUCAUGUGUCCAGACUCAGGACUGAAGACUCGGGACUGUACCUGUGUGAUGUGCUCACAAGUUAUGAGAGUAACUCUGGUAAAUGUUGGCUCAAUGUUUCUGCAGCUUCUGAUGAGCCCAAACCUCAGAGACCAACAGUGAGACCAGAACCAGAGAGUCGGGGAAACAUCGGGAUCCUCUACGCUGGACUGGCAGCAGUGACAGCAGCAGCAGUUCUACUGAUUCUCUACCUGAAAUGCCUCUUUGUCUUCAAUCUUUGUUUUAAAUGUAUUAAUAAGAAAAGAAACAUAUAUUCAGCCGUACAGAUGUCGAGUUUAUCAGAGAAAGGAGCCAUCAGGACUAACAGCACCCAGUCUGGAGAAGCCUCUUUAAAUGAGUCAUCAGAGCAUAAAGUCACAGUCAUAAAAACUAAAUCAGACUCCUAG